AUGCCAUAUUGUAGCAACAUCGAACAAGUGUCGUCAAUGAAAGGAAAACUCUCAAGAAUUCAUGCGGUUUAUUGCUUAAUGGUGCAGAUUUUCAUUGUCAUCAUGCUUUCGACAUUGAUUUAUUACUUUGUUAAAGCGGAACAUUUCCAUUACGGCAAGAUCAUUCCCGUCAUUUUCUUCAUGAACUGCUUCGCAAUAUCAAUAAAUCUCGUUUACAUCUCUUGGUAUUUGCCGAGUGUCUUCACCUCUUGGAGUGAUUUUGAAGCCAAAUAUUCUGAGGACGAUGAGAAAUUAACGACCAAGCCAUGGAAAUUCUUCUCAUUUUUUAUGACUGUAGCAUUUCUUGAGCACUUUGUAUCGAAAGUGGUUGACUAUGAAGGUGCUUCCUUCUGUUUCCAUUUUCAUUCUACAAAGUUUGAAGCAUUUUCACGUGGCAUUAUUCCUGACUUUUUUAAAGUUGUUCCUUACAGUCAUCUCUACGGUUUCUACGUCGUGUUUACACAAACAGAGUCCAUCAUGCAAAGCAUUUAUUUCUGGUUUUCGUUUGUGUUUCUUAUCAGUAGAACAAUGGCUGUUUUGUGGAAUGGUUCAUUAGUUUAUCAAGAAUCUAAGGUCAUAAUAAGGAUCAUUAAUAAUGUACCUUCAGAGUUUUAUUAUCGCGAAGUAAAAUUCUUCCAACAUUACGCGGAAUCUGAGACAAUUGCGAUGUCAAGUUUUGGCAUUUUCGACAUCACAAAGUCGUCUAUUCUAGAGGUUCGUUGA